CACCUAAAAAAAAGGAAGCUGGAUUAUAUUUUAUAUAUAUAUAUAUACACACACUUCCAUUAAUAUACCUCAAAAGAGAAAAUUCAGAUAUGCUGGGCGAUGAGGCAAGGGUCUUGCUCGGCUUCCCUGCCAAUUCUCGCCCCAGCCCCUCUCAGGUUAAAGCAGCUUACAGAAAGAAAGUAUGGGAGUCUCAUCCUGAUCUCUUCCCUGUUGGUGAGAAGUCUAAAGCUGAGUCCAAGUUUAAAUUGAUUUCAGAAGCUUACACCAGCCUGGUAUCUGGUGCAAGCAGAGAAGGUUCGGCUUCAGCCACAUAUUCACGAGUGGUGAGAACAGGAGUGCCAAGGGCAAGUGGUGGAAGCAGGAAUCAGGCCUUAAUUAAGAUCCCUUUCCUUUUCAUUAUACUAGGAACUCUUGGCCUCGGGGGUUCAAAUGCAACCAGGGCUUAUAAAAGGCAAAAGGAGGCAUAUCCUUCGCACAAUCCCUUUCUUCCUUGAUCUGAUACUUGCAGUUGGAACAAUUCUGCAUUGUGAAAUAAUGUGGCAUUUUAAGUUAAAUUUGGUGUCAUUUCAUUAUUAUACUACCAUUGUAUAGUGAUGUUGAAUU